GAGUUGGCGUGUUUGGAUGCUCCAGUGUCCCGUCGGGGCAGAGUGACCCUCGAAAUGUGUUUAAAGUUGACUUUUCUCCUCUUCCUUUGACCCUUGGGUGUUUGGAAAAUGUCUGGGUUUCUGGAUCUUUCAGAUGUCCAGAAGGUGGUGAUAAAAGAAGAAGAGAUACUUCUUGAUGAGCAGGAAUGGAGCUCCAGUCUGAACCAGGAGGAGCCACCAAAGCCAGCACACAUUAAAGAGGAACAGGAGGAACUGUGGAUCAGUCAGGAGAGAGGGCAGCUCCGAGGACUAGAGGAGAGUGAUAUCAGUGUGUUCACAUUCAAUCCUGUCACUGUGAAGAGUGGAGAUGAGGAUGAGGAGGAACCUCAGACCUCACAGCUUGAUGAAAACAAAGAUACAGAGCAAUUAAAAACACAAGCUGGUGGAGAGGACUGUGGAGGAUCAGAAGAAGAUGGAGACUUAAAUUCAGACAGUAAUUUAGAGCAAGACACUUCUGACCAGAGUUCACACUUUUCUGGAUCUGAUACCGAUGACAGUGCUGAAUGGGAAGAGAGUGAUGAACCUCAGGAAGGUUUAAACCCUCUGAAAAACAAAGAUGGAGCUAAAAGUGAUAUGAAAUGUAAAAUCAUAGACACAUCGGUUGGCUCCUCUGAAUGUGCACCAAGCAUAGAACAAAAGAAACAAAAAGGGGAUAAACCGUUCUUGUGCUCAGUCUGUGGUAAAAGAUACCCUCGUAAGAAAAAUUUGAAAGCACACAUGCGACGCCAUUCAGAAGAAAAACCAUUUAGUUGUUCAGUUUGUAAGAAAAGUUUUAUCGUAAAAGAAGAAAUGGUGAUGCACAUGAGAGUCCACACAGGAGAGAAACCAUUUUGUUGCUCGGUUUGUGGUAAGGGAUUCAAACAAGGUGGAGCUCUGAAGAAUCAUUCAGUUAUCCACACAGGGGAGAAAAGGUUCAGCUGUUCAGUUUGUGGGAAAAGUUUCUCUCAACACGUACAUCUGAAGCGUCAUUUGACUGUCCACACAGACGAUAAACCUUUUAGUUGUUCAGUUUGUCAGAAAACAUUUUCUCAUGAAGGAAACCUGAAGAAACAUUUGAUUGUCCACACAGGGGAGAAUCAAUUUAGUUGUGCAAUAUGUGGUAAAAGGUUCUCCCAACAAGGAAAUCUGAAGCAACACAUGACUGUCCACACAGGGGAGAAGCCUUUUAGUUGUUCAGUUUGUCAGAAAACAUUUUCUCUCCAAGGAAAUCUGAAGAAACACUUGGCUACCCACACAGGAGAAAAGCUGUUCAGUUGCUCUGUUUGUGGUAAGGGUUUUUCAAGAAGUAGAGAUGUAGAAAGACACUCUGUUGUCCACACAGGAGAGAAACCAUUUAGUUGCAGUAUUUGUGAUAAAAGCUUUUCGUGGAAGAUCACCCUAGAUGAACAUAUGCUACGUCAUUCAUUAGAAAAACCUUAUAACUGUUUAGUUUGUGAGAAAGGUUUUGUCAACAAAGCAGAGUUGGUGGUGCACAUGAGAAUCCACACCGGAGAAAAACCAUUUAGUUGCUCAGUUUGUAAUAAAAAUUUCAGCAAAAGUGGAGAUCUUAGAAGACACUCUUUGAUCCACUCAGAGGAGAAACCAUUUUGCUGCAAUGUUUGUGAUAAAAAAUUCACACAGCUAGGGCAUUUCAAAAAGCACAAGUGUGUUGGUGAGAGCAGCGGAAAUCCUCAAUUCACAUAAUUUAUGCUUCAUUCCAUCUGUUCAGCCGGGACGAAGGCACUUUACAAUUGAAAUUCUGUUUGUCUUCUUGUGUUUGUUGUUGUUUCCACCCUAUUACUUGAUACAGUAGCUUUGCUGCAUGUUGUUUAAUGCCGUAUCCAUGGUGAUGUAAUGUUGGAUCUUUGUAAAUCAACAAAGAGUGCGAUCUAGUUCUGCUUGUUCUGUAAAGUUUAUUGAAAGGUUUUAUGAAGUGACACUAUACAAUGAAAGAUGGGUUUAUUUUAGUCAGCCUUAAUUAUUCUCUUUAGCUUUACAGUUUGUAUUUGAUUUUAAAUGUAUCCAAACAGCCUUAACAUGUUGUAACCCUUGAUCAAAACUUGUUACCAAAUAUUGAAUUAAAGUUUUUACAAAGCAAGUAACAAAUGUGUUUUGAAACACACGAUAGCUUUUUGAAUGAAGUUGCUGUAAACAUGCACAAAGACUAAGAGCUCAUUUUUCUAGGUUAACAAUUUAGACCGUUUAAAUGUUUUUUUUUUUGUUUGUUUUUUGUUUUGCUCUGUUUUGUUUUUUAACCUUUUUCAGGGUUUGGUUUUAUUGGGCAGAACAUUAUCGGAGUCUUAGAGAUGCACUUGGGGUCCAAAUGCAUUACCUAACCCAGGGGUUCUCAACCUUGGGGUCAGGACCCCAUUGGGGGUCAUGAGACACUGAGAGAGGGACUCCUGGUGCCUUCAAAAAACUAUGAACAUUUUUUUAAAUACACUGUUGCCACAUACACUAAUUUUGCCCAAUUUUAACCUGUUUUCAUCACUUUCUCCCUCCAAUUUUACCAGCUGUUACACAUUUUUGCAGCUUAAGACCAAUUUUUUGUCCAUAUCAAACCCUUUCCAAGUUUUUGCCACUUCUAAACCAAAUCUUGCAACUCUCUGCCUAUUGUUGGCUCUGUUGACACAUUAUUGCCACUAUUAACCCUUUUUACCACUUUUUGAGCCACAUUUCACAAUUUGAUAUGCCCAUUUUUGCCAGUUUUCUGCCUCAGCUAACCUUUCUUUGCCAGUUUGUGUUAAUUUUUGUCACAUUUCACCAAAUUUCCACCUAUUUUUGCCAUUUUAAUGUCAUUUCAGACA